AUCGUGGUUUCUCCUUACACUACCACAAGGCUGCCUCCGCCCGCGCACUGCCCGCCAUGGCUCUGUAAUCGCCACCCCUUUGUACCCCCAGCCCGUCUCCGCGCUCACCGCGCCUUUGCUCCCGCUCCCGUCUUCUUUCUUCAACCGAGGCCGCCGCCGCCUCUCUUUUCCGCUGCCAUGGAGUCCUCCACCUCCACAGCCAUCUUCAUCCAGCUGAGCAACUUCUGGAGCCUCUUCCCUGCCAUCGGCGCAGCUUCCAUUGUCAUUGGUGCCCUGAACCUGUGCCUCAGCCAUGUCACUCCUGGCGACCCUGGGGCUCGAGCUGGACAAGGGCUCGAUCCCAGCUAGCGGGCUGGGAUGGCUUGUAGACUAUGGGAAACUCCCCCUGGCCCCUGCCCCCCUGGGCUCCUUUGAGGUCCUUGGAGGAGCCCUGGAGGGUGGGCUCCCAGGGGGAGGAGAGCCCUUGGCAGGUGAUGGCUUCUCGGACUGGAUGACUGAACGAGUUGACUUCACGGCCCUCCUCCCUCUGGACUCCCCACUGCCCGCCGGCACCCUCCCCCCAGCUUCCCCACCCACUCCUGACCUGGAAGCCAUGGCCUCCCUGCUCAAGAAGGAGCUGGAGCAGAUGGAAGACUUCUUCCUGGACGCCCCGCUCCUCUCGCCGCCCUCCCCACCGCCACCACCACCACCGCCUCCGCCCCCGGCCCCGGCCCCCUCUCUCCCUCUGCCUACUUUUGACCUCCCACAGCCCUCGGCCCUGGACACCCUCGACCUGCUAGCCAUCUACUGCCGCGGCGAGGCCGGGCAGGGCGACCUGGGCUUGGGACCCCUGCCCGCUCCCCAACCGGUCCCCGCACCGCAGCCCGCUCGCCCCUCCCCCUACCCCAACCCCGCCACCGCCCGAGGGGAUCGCAAGCAGAAGAAGCGAGACCAGAACAAGUCAGCGGCGCUGAGGUACCGCCAGAGGAAGCGGGCGGAAGGCGAGGCCUUGGAGGGCGAGUGCCAGGGGCUGGAGGCUCGGAACCGGGAGCUGAGGGAGCGGGCCGAGUCGGUGGAACGCGAGAUCCAGUACGUGAAGGACUUGCUCAUCGAGGUGUACAAGGCUCGCAGUCAGCGCACGCGCAGCAGCUAGAGGCGGGCUUGGGGGCGUGGCCUUGUGUCGGGGGUGUGGCCUCAGCUGCCCGGCAAAUUCUGGGCUGGGUUGGGGGGGGGGUCCCACCUUAUCUCCGUAAGUGUCAUCCGAAACCCUCCUGCUUUUACCCUUUAAUCCUCCUUGUGCCUUUUGAAUGUUACCCUCCUAUCCCAAUCAGUGAUGUUCACCCUAGUAAACAUCUGCACACCUCCAGUACAGCGGGGAGCUCAGAACCUGGAGCUCUGGUCCCCAAUUUCAAAUAUAGCUUCUUGCUGGCUGUUCCGGGUGGAGUAGCCACAAGCCAGCGCCGGGAAGUGAGGUCAGGAAGUCUCUCUCUCAUCUAAGUGAGGGAGGGUAUUAAGGUAGAGCCCAAUGUAAUGUGAGUGAAAAGGCCUUCAGUCGAGAGCUGUGUGGGGGAGGGAGCCAAGUCAGCAGAGCAGCCCGAUGUGCAGGCCAGUGGGGAGGGGGGGCGUGUCCGUAGUUGGUGACUGGGGGGUCAUUUUAGUUCGGGGAGAAAAAUCUGAUUUGUGAAGCGGGAGGAUUUACCUCUUUGGGUUGUGAGCAGAAAUAAAAUGCAGAAU